AUGGUCGAGGAACAAAUUAUUGGUGUACGUGAUAGGCCUAAUAAAGAAGUUAUCGUCUUACGAAUACGAUUCUACAUGAUGGCGUACGUGACCGAUAUGUCGAAGGCGUGCCGUCUGGGACUACAGAAGCUGCAACAGCACAUACCAAGGAGACGUACUAAGAACCGUAGUUCCGGAAUUUAUCAGGGGAAACGCCAGCGAGCUGCUCGGAGCCGACAGCCGGAGUUUCCGGUCGCGAGUAACGUCUGCCUUUCGUCGGAUCGUCCACGAAAACAGGGUUACGCUCGGGGAGAGGGACACACGCAUGGAAAUAGAUGGCAGCGGCAUUUGCAUCUUCAAAUCCGUUGUGAUCCCGGUGUGACGAGGACGCGCGUUGACACGAUGUAGACUGAAUUUACUCGAGAUAAGUAGACAAAUACCGGCGGCAGUAUCCGCCUUCGUGUAGCUACGUGCGUCGCUGCGGAAGAUCGGGACUACAUCCGUAUCGAUUGCCCAUGCCUCAGGACCUCGUAAUGCUGUUCCGACGAAUUAGUAUCUUGACGCUUGCCUGCCUUCUGCAAAUACCUUAGACGCUGAUUAGAGAAACGCAGCUGCGCGCGGUUAAAUACAGAGCGAGGCCGUUUUCAUCCUAAUUAUACGAUGCUUUCGAUUCUCAAGGACCAUCACCAGGUUCCGUUUUCUUGCGUAUUUCGUCGGGAAAUGGUUCCCCCCUUAUUCUUCUCUCUCUCUCUCUCUCUUUCUUCAAUGUUUACGCGAUGAUUCUUUGUUUUCAACGAACGAACGGUCUGCGCGACGAUUUGUACC